GGUUGUUGGGAACACUGUCUUGCAAGGGGACGCACGACUACGCUGCAAAUUUUUUCUACCUUUUUUCGCAACAGAUACCUCAUGACAGUUCGCAUGAUCUUGUUGAACGGCCAAUACGAAUCGGGAUCAUGAGAGAUUCGUGUCGGAAAAAGGACCUGAUUGCUCCUGAUGUUGCAAACGUGACGUGCAAUGGAGACGGACUGAUAUACUCUUGAUUAAUAAACUUAAUAUGUCUUCUUUCUUCUUUUAUAGGGUUUUCGACAAACUAUUAUGUCUGCGGCAUUUCGUUGGUUUGGUUUGACGUCUAUUUAGUGUGAUGGUUAUUUUUCUGAAAUUCUAUGUUGGAUUUCCCAUUGAUUGACAGUAAUGUCUUGUUGGAUUUUUGAUAUACCUUGGGAUCUUCAGGUACCAAUAUUAUGAGUCUAAUUAAAAAUUAGCCAAUGUCCUUUUUCAUUAAUUAAAGAUUGGCCUGUGUCCUUUUUCAUAAAUUAAAGAUUAGCCAAUGUCCUUUUUCAUUAUAUUAACUUCCUGUAAUAAAGCGUUUAUCAUACUUUUGUGAAGGAUAGUAAGCGUUGGCACAGAUUCAAUUGAUAUUUGAAAAUAUAAAGAGAAAAGAAUUUUGGUUAAUUCUCGAAACUAGAAUUGCCGUAGUUUCUGUACCUUUGAGACCGUGUUGCAAAAAUCUGUGCCACAUAUAUUCUGACGAGAUGAAAGCUUAAACAGGUUUCGAAUUUGUGGACAAACUACAAAUACCUUCAUUACUGAAUAGAAGCAGUAAAGAUUUUUAUAGUCUUCCAAAUCGCUAUGACAGCUGCUUGAGUCACUGUGGGUGUAAUUUUGAUAGGCAACUUUGGGGCUUGCAGAUUUUUUUUUCUUUUUAUAGCAGAUAGUUUUGCUCAAUACUAUUUUUUGUUUGGUUGUUGUAUUUGUUUUUUUACAAUCAUUAUCUUGCUUGAAGGAAAUAUGAAUAGAUGAGUUCAACCAUCUUUUGUCUAUGGAUCUUUCACAGAGCAAGUUCAGUGUUUGGAAUAGUGAAGACUGCCGAAUACAAUGGGAGGAAAAUGAGAAGCACAUUGGAGAGCGCCUCGCUUUUGAUGGGGUUCCUUUCAUCACCCUCGGAUCAAAGCAUUUAGGAUGCCAGUACGGAGUGCCAAGCGCGGGGAAGAACAACAAAUACACAGAAUGGAAGCAGGAACAAGAUGAACAUAGUCAGCCUAGAAGAGGCCAGUGUCCAGCAAAGGUUGUUCUUCGUGAAGUCAUAAAAUUCCCAGACUACAGGAUUGACAAUAACAACAGCUAUGAAAAGAAAAAAUUCUCCAAAAUGCUACGUGAUGACCUUACCUUAGGAGCAGCACGAUUACAGAGGAGAAUCUACGUUGAGCUUCCAACUGCCGAGGCUCAUGUCCACACAGUUCUAGUCAAGAAAGUAAAUGAAGCAAGUAUUGCUCACACCAAUGUCCCACACUGCCUGGUCUGCAAUGCCAAGCUCUCAGCAUCUGCAAGGUCAGCUGUUCCUUUGUUUUCUGGUGAGGCAAGAACAUCACACCGACAAUUGGAACUCCACUCAGUCUUGGGGAGUAUCCUAGAGGAAGACAUGCAGGAGUCCUGUCUCCAUUCCAGCAUUUUGUGCAGCAGGUGUUAUAAUCUCAUCGAUGAUAUUGAUUCUCUUGAAGAACAGCUUAUCAAUAAAAAACAGGUAAUAGCCAACAGAUACAAAAGGACAAUGGCGGAGAUAAAUAAGAUCUCAGGAAGUCCAGAAGGAGACUACCUUGUGGAUAAUGAGGAUGACGAUGACGAUGACUUUGAUGAUGUGCCUUAUGGCAAGUAUCGCAGUAGCAGAGGGCGAGGAAGAGGAAGGCCCCCAGGCCGCUCACGUGGCAGAGGACCUGGACGGCCCCGUGGUAGACCAAAGAUAAAUACACCAAAGAAAUCCCCCACAAAGUGCAUUGUCAAGCUAGAAUAUGACCCAGAGAGAGUGGAGGACUUAGAAAACGUCACUUUCUUUCCAGCCAUUAAAUCCCCUCCUUUGAAGACAAUUAAAAAGGAAGAUAUAAUGCAUGGGCUAGAAACUCCAGAAAAUCCCCUCCAGAAAAUAGAAAAUGAAGAAGUUGGACACAUUGAUGAGAAAGUGCUUCAUGCUAAUGUCAGUGGGGCAGAUAUGCCGAUUGUGGAGGGUGAUGUCACCAUGGACAUUCAAGGGGAUGUUUUAAAUGUUGUGGAAGAAGUACUCGAGGAAGAGGUUAAAAGGGGUAAAAUGUUUGCCUGUUCCGAGUGUGACAAGCAGUUCCUUACCAAAGCUGCAGUGAGAAACCAUAUUAAAGUUCACAAUCAUCUAGACUCCUAUGACUGCGAGGAAUGUGAAAAAUCGUUUGCAACAAAGUAUCGGCUCAAAGCUCACUUAAAGACUCAUAUAGACAGAGACAGACCACAUAACUGUAGAGUCUGUAAUAAGGCAUUUUACACGCGUUAUCAUUUGAGCACGCACAUGAAGUCUCAUGAAGGAUUGAGGAAUUUUGUGUGUGAGCUCUGUGGAAAAGCUUUAUCAACACAGAAAACCUUGGAGCUUCAUGCAUUAACUCACACAGGUGAGAAACCCUACCAGUGUGAAAUAUGUGGUUCCACUUUUAGACAAAGGAGUAACUUGCACACUCAUAUUAAAGCCACUCAUUAUCAAGAAAAAAAUUAUCAUUGUCAGUUGUGCCAAAAAUCAUUUGUCAGAAAGAGAUUGCUAGUAUACCAUAUGAACAGUGUCCAUACUGGUGAGAGGCCCUACAAAUGUGAAUUGUGCAAUGCCAGCUUUGUGUAUCCUCACUAUUACAAGCGGCACUUAAGAAAACAUACAGGAGUUAAACCUCAUAAAUGCCAUAUUUGUAAUAAAGCAUUUGCAUCAAGAGAAAAUCGCAAUGCCCAUAUGUUCACGCAUUCAGAUAAAAAACCAUAUGAAUGCAAAAUUUGUGGGUCAGGUUUCAUGCGGAAACCACUUUGUGCUUCGCAUGUAACCGCCCAUGGUCAUACGGAGAAUGUAGAAGCAUAUAUAAUCUUCAAUUCACCUAGUCUAUUAGUGUCUGCUGGUCAGGAGGAGAUGGUUGUAGCAGAUGAAGAGGAGGCUGCUCGUGCUGUACAUGCCGUGAGAAUGGCAGAGGAAGCGAAUACUCAUGAAACCAUUGAAGAGCCAGUGCAGAUUAUGCGCGAUGGGAAGGUUGUGAAAGUCAUGUCUAGACCAGUGCAUAUCAUUGAGGCAGAUGACACAACCCGCUAUGUUAUUCACACAACUGACAGAGGAAGGGAUGAAAAUAUGGAACAUUUCUUUGCUGCCCUUCAAGGUCAAGUGGUUGAAGUACGUUCAGAAGACUUUUAAGAGCAGCAAUAUUUCAUUUAAUUAGAUAGUUUUUAAUUAUCUAUAAUUUGAAUUUAAUGGUAUGCUAUUGUGGAAUGCAUUUUCACUGAACAAAAUUUAGUGUGAUAUUUUUUCCAUUAUUAUUUUAUUACUGGUAUAUAAAAGUGACUGUCUCAGCUGAUACAAAGUGUAUCAAACAGAGAACUCAUGAUAAAGAUGAAAGUGGACCAUUAAUAGGUGGAGAAGAAAUUCAAUAACAUUUUGUCUUUGACUUAAAAAACUGGUUGUUACCAUGGCCAUUGAAGACCAUAAUGUAACACAAGUGGAGGUUUGAGAUUAAUAGUAAUAAAAUCAGUGUUACUAUUCUAAUAGUCGUUCAGAUAAAAUGAUUGUGUAUUACCAUGUAAUACAGGGCAGGAUUAAUAUUUUGCAUUUUUAAUGUAAGACUUAGCUAUACCUAUUUCUUUUAAAUCCUCCAUUUAAUUUUCUUUUUCUAAUUACUAUUAAUUUUCUUCUCCUUUUUAUUAUGUCAUGAUAAAUAAAAUCUUUAAUGCUUUUCUUGAUCAAGCAGUGUACUUCCAUGUGAAUAUUUUUCUUAUUUUUUAUUGCAAACAUUGUAGAUGUACAAUGUACAAAAUAUAUCUGAUUUUGUUGUAUAUAUUAUAUAAUUUGAGAGGCAAUACAUUUUAUGGAUAUCUUCUAUAAUACCAGAGUUUAGAUAUGAUAUUUCACAGACUAAAUGAAAAGUUAAUAGUUUGA